UGUAAAGGCAGCCAACAAAUCUUGAAGGAAGUAUGAUGUAUUAGUGGAAAUAAUCGAUAAGUGAUUCGCCCAUUCGUUUCAUUUCCCUAGUGAAAUGCCGCGCGUACUACGGAAUAGCCGCGCGCGCGUCUGUGUGGCGUAAUAUACACCGGCAGAAUUUGCCGGGUUGUGCAAAUAUGAGCUCUGGUCAAAAUUGAGCUCGGGAAUAUCUAGACGGGUCUUUGUUGUGCUGGCGCGCGGGAUAAAAGUUUGUGCAAACGUCUCAGUGUUAGGCCGGAUUGACAUAUCGCUUUCCCGCGUCAGUUGUAUGGUGUUUAUCUUGUACUUAUGGACAAGGGCCUUGUUCUUGUGUGGCGCACAACUUGCUGGAUGCGCCAUGCCGGCAGCUAUGUCAUUAUUUGAUCUUUAUCCAUGAAAUUUGUCCUGUUCCGGGGAAAUACUGUUGAUGCUGGUUGCGCAUGCAACAGAUUCUGCAACAUGGACCGGAAAGAUAUGCGCGAAAGGUUACAACAAGUGCUGGAGCAAUAUGCAAAAUCACCGAACUGGACGCCGCGGCAGGAAAUACGCCAGCCAAUGUUUUGGAAGUCCGUUCGAGCGGAAUUUAUCGGUUCUUUGAUUCUGAUUGUCUUCUCCAGUCAUUCUGAUCCAUAUAUUGGACCUGUCAGUUAUGGAUGCACAGUCGCUAUCCUCAGCUAUUCCUUCAAAGCCACUAGCUCAUAUUUUAAUCCGGUGAUAAGUUUUGCCGCUCUCCUGUUACGCUCCGUAACACCCUUCCGCUGCUGUUCACUCAUUCUAGCGCAAACAAUAGGAACUAUAUCAGGCGCUACGGUGAUCAGCCUAGGACUAGCGAGUAAUUCAACAUCUGUGAUACUUCCGGAAUUGCACGUUAAUCCUGCCAAAGGUUUCGGUUACGAGUUUUUCGGAUCCCUUGUGGUAAUUCUGGUCAUGGCAGCCCAGCUGGAAAAAUCAACAGACUAUGAUCCGCUCUUUCCUCUGAUGACCGGUUUAACUGUUGGCACAGCGUCUUCACUAGCGCGCCUGGGGACGGGCGGCUUUCUCAAUCCAAUUCGGGCUUCCUCGUUAGCGCUCUUCCAGGACUGCUGGAGUCAUCACUAUAUUUACUGGGUGGGACCCAUUCUCGGUACACUGCUGGCCGUCUUCACGUUCGAUUUCAUACGACCUUCAAGGACGAAGCCGAAGCCGGAUUCCACAGCGAUGACAACAUCCGAUAGCCGGGCAGUUAAUCUAUCGACAAUCGUUCGGUCCGAUAUCGAGUUCACCCAACAGGAAACGGAUAUCACACAGCUUGCCACAUUAAGUUAAUCGCCAAGAAAAAAUGUCAUUUACCACCAACGAAUUCGGCGCAAACGCGCGCGCUAAGGAAUAACAACCCAAAAUUAAGUUUUACCGGAAGAACUCGGUUUCGUGAUACGUUAACCUGAUUUAUUCUUCCUGCAACGGUGGUCGAAAUUAUUGUUGUACAGAUACCUCAUAAAUCGUUACAAGGGCUUGCAUGAUGUUCAGUUUAACACAGAUCCGAUAAAAUCCAACAAGAAGGUAAUAAGAGAUAGGUUGGGCAUGUUAAGCAACAACAUGCAUGCAUGAGAUAGGUUAUAACAUGUUAAGCAACAACAUGCGCUGCCAAAAUGACCAACCAGGUUGUAGUGUAAAUUAUAUCCAUCACUGGCAACUGAAACAGAUCAAUUAAUGCACGAGAACGCUU